GUGAUUUUCCUUUAUAUACAUCUAUGAAAUUGAACUUCCCUGUUUGAGGGAUGGGGAAAUACAUUUUGUUCCAUGUAGCGCCUCAUACAAUCAGGUCAUUCAAAAUGCAAACAGAUAGGUGUCAGCUUUCAAAACUUGUUGGUGUAAACUUUGGGCGGUGGAAAGUGAUUCAUGGGAUGGAUGGUCAUCGUAUAGGCAUGUGCUCUACCUUGGGCGGUCACACUGGACAGUCAGACUAAGGGUCAGGUCAGCUAAAGAUAUCAGUUACUCGCCAGUCAUAUGAUUAUGUUUACAUGCAAACUAAUAAUUUGAUAUUAAACUGAUUAUGGCAACAGGCAGAUUAUGCAAUAGUCAUGUACACACCUUACUCUGAUUAUCUUAAUCGGCGUAAGGUCAAAAUCGAAGUAAACAUGCAGCAAUUAAAACAUCAGGUCUUCUAAGCAAUCUUUUUAAUUAUUAGGACAUGUGUAAAUGGCUUAAUCAGAGUUCCAGCAGUGCAUUUGAUCUGCAUUUGUGCCAGCACCAGCAGCGUAAGCCUCCCUCUUAUGCGCGAGGGAAGUUACCACAAGAGGGCACAGUGGUCUGAAAGUAUGUAUCUUUACAACGCAAUCAUGUAUUAUGCCAAAUCAAUGGAAUUAAACCAUUACUUAUGAGAAGCAAUUCACCACACAUACUGUAACCUAACACCUCACAUACUGUAACCUAACACCUCACAUACUGUAACCUACUGUAACACAGUGUGAGUUAGCCCAUCUAAAUGAAUAAUGUAGAGAAGUAAUGACCUGUGUCUGUGGAAAAACUAAAAGUAUGCAUCUUAGAAAUAGCUUUCACAUACAAACAGUAUAUGUCUGAACUCAGAAUCAAGUAGGCUUCCCAAAUAUAACAUGGUCGCUGUGGUAGUACGUUUACUUUGAUUGGUGAUUUUCUGCAUUAAUCAAAGUCCCAUUAGGUAGCCUAUUUCAGAUGUGUCCAUGUAAACAGGAUUAUUAGGAACAUCGUUAUUUUUGCAUAGCAUGUAAACGUUUUAAUCAAACUAUUAUAUUAAUCUGAUCAUUCUGAUCAUGUAUUGUCACACUGUCACAUAAACACAACUUUUGUCCUGGCAGAGAUGACUGAUUUCUGAUUUACACUCACACUGACCUGCUGUGAGCUGACCACGGAACAUAAACAGAGCAUAAAAACAGAAGAAACAACCCCAUUGUUCUGACUGCAGCUACAUACCUGUAUUCUCUGAAUAUAAUGUUGAUAUUACUUUCUUGAUAAUACAGUUGCGCUAAUAUGUCACAAAAUUCCCGAUUUGAUGUAUCAAAUUGUAUGUAUUUUUUUUUAACAUGAUUUUAAUUGAAAAUGUACAAAACUGUUUCCAUCUUAAAGUAUUUGGAUUACCCAUAUACAUAUUUUCAGUGGCAGUGUGUUUGAUUGAUGUCAGUGCUGUCUAUCACUACAGUGAAUUGUCUUGGGGGUUUGGCUACUGAGAGUUAAGUUUACAUAUCCCCUAAGCCAUGUAAGGUCUGCUAUGCAAUCACAACGGGCACCUGUAACCACUCAACAACAACACAUGGUCAUCUUGACAUUUGGUUCCCAUGGCAUGCAGACUUGUGCUCGUGGGGAAAACAUGUUUGGGUAGACACUGUCUAAAAUAAGACUGGAGGAGGUGUCUUCAAGACAGAAAUCAGAGUCUAGUGGAAUUAUGGGGCUCUCUUUGCUGUGUCUCUUAAUAUUUUACCUUGGGUCCCGCUCUACCUUCUCCUCCUUCUCGAUGAUGUGAGUGUGAACAUCGAGGUAUCCGGAUGGACCCAUCUCUUGUAAGACAGCUGAUUAGGAAACUAUCUGUGGCAUCCCCCUCUAUAAAUAAUGGCAUGUAAGCGCAUGGCGGGGCUGGGACCAGCUGCUUAGAACACAGGGGCUAGCUGCUACUGUUGAGGCUGCUCAGGGAGGACAUUGACCCAGCUGAACUGCUGCUGUCGAGUGCUAUCACUGAGAUAGAACAGAGCGAGAAAGAGAGAGAGGAGCAGCAGCAGAGUAUAUUGAGGUGUGUGGGAGACAAAGAACAGGAGGAGUACGACAAGCUCACUUCGAACAGCACUAUCUUAACCUUUUUCAAGGAUGACCAAGCCAAUGCUGCCAAAGACGGCCGAGAAGAAGCCGCCAGCGGAGGAAGUUCCAGUGGAUGGUGCAGCAAAGGCACCGACAGAGGGGGAGGCCAAGCCAGAGGCAGCAGCAGCACCUCCUCCAGAGGAACAAGCCCCAGAUCUAGCACCAGAGGCCCCUGUUGAGCCAGCAGCACCCGCAGCAGAGCCAGUCCCAGCAGAAGGAGCCCCAGCUCCGGCACCCCCAGCUGAGGAUGGGGCCUCUCCGGCAGAAGGAGACCCACCAGCCGAUAGAGCUCCACCUGCAGAGGGUGCCCCAGCAGAGCCUGCCCCGGCACCAGAGCCCGUACCAGAGUCGGAACCUCCUAGGAGUAGGCAUUGAUUUAUUUUCCUCUAAGCUAGGGUCAACUAUUAGGGGCAUGGUUUGUUCUGUAAUAAAUACUGGUAUUUCUUUAAUGAUGAUGAUAAUGAUGAUAAUAAGAUAGAAGGUAAACCCUGGCUGUGGUUUCUAUGGUUCUGUUCUCCUUUUUACUGUUAUUGUAAGGGGCAAUGUAAGUAGGAAUGGACAGUGCCACCUUCAUUGGUAAAUCAGAGAUGUUUGUUGUAUGUUUUGUCUCUCUGUAUUAAAACUCAC